CUAAGCUGAAAGACAGCUCUGUGAACAUGGCUGAUUUUGGAGAGAUUCUCCGCAAUAUCGGAGAGUUUGGAUUAUUUCAAAAGAUCACACUAUUUGCUCUCUGCUUCCCAAAUCUUAUUUUACCUUUUCACUUUGCCAGUGUAUUUUUUAUCCAAUCAGAUCCAGAGCGACACUGUAACACAGACUGGAUCCUGGGUGCUGAUCCUAACCUGACCGCACAGGAGCAGCUGAACCUGACUCUGCCCAGGGAGGAGGAUGGGACCUUCAGCAGGUGUCGGAUGUUCAAACCUGUGGACUGGAACAUCAGUACAAUCAGAGAGAACGGGCUGAAUGAGACCACAGGGUGCCAGAAUGGAUGGGUGUACAGCAAAACACUGUAUCAGGCCACCAUAGUUACUGAUUUUGAUCUAGUUUGUGACCAGGCGAACUCUUUGCAAGUGGCACAAACAGUCCUGAUGGCUGGCAUUCUUAUAGGCUGUCUGUUAUUUGGACCUUUUGCUGAAUCGUUUGGUCGUAAACGUGCAGCUCAGAUUCCAUUCUUGUUAAUGCUCAUAUUUACUGUAACGACCGGACUAAGUCCCAACUUCUAUUUCUAUUUGGCAUCCCAAUUCAUGCUGGGGAUCGGCUAUGGAGGUUAUCGACUAAAUGGCGUCAUAUUGGCCACUGAGUGGAUCGGCAUGUCCAGGAGAUCUUGGGGCGCAUGUGUGACUCAGCUCUUUGGUGCAGUUGGACAGUGUGUCCUCGCUGGUAUGAUCUACUUCAUCAGAGACUGGAGACUGGCUCAACUAGUCACAGCAGCUCCACUUGCAGUUAUUGGUGUUUACCUAUGGUUUAUUCCAGAGUCAGCCAGGUGGUUAUUGGAGAGAGGAAGGGUAGAGGAGGCGAAACAUCUGAUCAUUAAAGUGGCAGCAAUCAACAAACGGCCUGUUUCAGAGUCUCUGCUGGAAAAGAUUGUUGAGAAAGACACCGAACAAAAGGGAGGCAUAAUAACUCUUAUGAAAUCAGCUGUGCUUAGGAAGUACUUCUUUACACUAAUACUGGGAUGGUUCUCUUUAAAUCUUACCUACUACUGCCUUUCCUUUAACGUGGGAAACUUUGGCUUGGAUAUCUUCGUGACGCAGCUCAUGUUCGGUCUGACUGAACUACCAGCACACAUACUUUGCAUCUGGCUGUUAGAGGCCCUGGGGAGGAAAGUGUCACUGAUGGCGACGCUCCUGAUUGGAGGAUUUGUGUGCUUAUUAAUCUUAGCUGUUCCUCAAGACAACGCUGUCGCCAUUACCGCGUUGGCAACCUCAGGACGCUUCUUCACAAACUGGGCUGGAUCUGUUUGUAAUGUGUACGUUCAGGAGCUGUUCCCAACAUCUUUUAGACAAACUGCCUCUGGUUUGGGCUCCAUUGCAAGCAGAGCAGGGGGCUUACUGGCCCCGUUGCUGAACAUGUUCGCAGCCUACCAUUGGGCCAUACCAACAAUAGUGUUCAGCAGCCUUUCACUGAUCAGUGGAGCGCUCAGCUUCCUGCUUCCUGAGACCAGGAGAAGAGAGCUGCCGGAUUCAACCGACGAGGCCGAGGGCAACAGGAAACAGAUCAACCUGAAGAUCAAAUAUGAAUCAAAUGAGUCUUCACAGAGUAAAUCUACAAAACUAUAGUCUCCAUACAUGGACUACACACCUACCUACCUACCUGUCUGUUCUCUUUAGCCCAGAGUCAGGCCUCUACUGACAUAUUUAUGCAAUCAACAGCCAAUAUUUCUUCUUUUUUUUUUAUGUCUUGACAUGUGUGAUGAAUCUUCUCUUAGAGCAAUGAAGCAAAGUUUCUGUUAAUGGUAUAACUUAUUAAACUUGUCUUUUCAAUCAGAGCAAAUUAUAAUGUUACAUUCAAUUUGUUUGAAGAGCACAAAACGUGAGAUUGGUGGUUAAUGAAAAAAGGAAAGUUCAGACCUUGUCAAGACCUGGACUUUUUGAAACUGUCUAUGGUUUGUCCUGAGUUUGUGUAUUAAAGUGUCUCUUAAAGCUAAGAAUGUGCUCUUACAUAAUACAGUGUGUACAUAUUGACUUAUACAGAUUGAAUGCAUGGUGAUAAAUAAAACAUUUCUUUUUCCAGCU